CUUUAAUAAUAACAAAGUUCUUAAAAAUAAAAAAAUUAAGUGGGACCGGCGGUCCCUCUAAGUCGGUUCAUAGAUACGGAGUCUGUAUACACGAGCGGCAAGUGUUACCCUCCAUUUCUCUACACACUUUUCCUCCCUCACACUGUAUACAUACAUACAUACACUUCUUUCUUCAACCGCUUCUUUCACAUAACGCCAUAUUUUCAAUUUAACUUCUUGCUAUUUAGCACUUUCAUCCACAAUGUUUCUGCUAACCCUAGCCCUAGCCGCCGGAGCCGGUGCCGGAGUUUCCAGAAGCUCUAUAGUCACCGAUGAGAAUGAUAUCGAGUUCGGCAACCCUAUGUGGUUCGUUUACGCCGGAGUUUCGUGUGUUUUGGUACUGUUUGCAGGAAUUAUGUCUGGUUUGACGUUAGGGUUGAUGUCUCUAGGACUUGUUGAGCUUGAGAUUCUUCACCGGAGUGGUUCAAAUACAGAGAAGAAACAAGCAGCUGCUAUCCUGCCGGUUGUUCAGCGGCAACAUCAGCUUCUUGUAACAUUGCUACUGUGUAAUGCUGCAGCCAUGGAGGCUCUUCCUAUAUACCUGGACAAGAUAUUUCAUCCGGCUGUUGCAGUGUUGUUGUCCGUAACUUUUGUACUAAUUUUUGGAGAGGUAAUCCCGCAAGCAAUAUCAGCAAGAUACGGCCUUGCUGUGGGCGCUAAUUUUGUUGGGCUUGUUCGAGUUCUAAUGAUCAUUUGCUAUCCUAUUGCGUAUCCUGUUGGAAAGGUUUUAGAUGCUUUAAUUGGGCAUAGUGAUACCCUGUUUCGGCGUGCCCAGUUGAAAGCACUCGUCUCCAUUCACAGCCAAGAGGCUGGUAAAGGGGGUGAACUUUCGCAUGACGAGACUACCAUCAUAAGUGGAGCCCUUGAUUUGACAGAAAAGACUGCAGAGGAAGCCAUGACACCUAUUGAAUCAACAUUCUCUCUGGAUGUCAAUUCAAAAUUGAACUGGGAAGCGUUUGGAAAAAUUCUUGCCAAAGGCCAUAGUCGUGUUCCGGUAUAUUCUGGGAACCCAAAAAACAUCAUUGGACUCCUACUGGUGAAAAGCCUUCUUACAGUUAGAGCAGAAACAGAGACUCCGGUUAGCGAUGUUUCUAUUAGGAGAAUUCCCAGGGUUCCAGCAAAUAUGCCAUUAUAUGACAUACUUAACGAGUUUCAGAAGGGCGGCAGUCACAUGGCGGCCGUAGUUAAAGUGAAAAGCAAGAAGCAUCCUCCCGCUGAUGUUAGUGACCGAAAAUUAGCCGGGAAAAAUAAAAAUAAAAAUUCACAACUAACCAAACCAUUGUUGCCCAAACUUGAAGAAUCAAAUGUUGUGGUCAACAUUGACAAGACUUUAGAGUCAACCGUGCAACACACGAGCCCCACAACAAAAGGUUUUAGAUGUGUUACUGAUGAUGUGGAAGAUGGAGAUGUCAUUGGAAUUAUUACCCUCGAAGAUGUUUUCGAAGAGCUUCUGCAGGAGGAAAUCGUUGACGAAACCGAUGUGUAUAUAGACGUACAUAAAAGAAUACGGGUGGCGGCUGCUGCUGCUGCUUCAUCUGUAGCUCGUGCUCCCUCAACAAGAAGGAUAGCUGCUCAAAGACCCACGGGGGUCAAAGAAGAAAAGGACAACCUGCCCGUAAUGUAAUUGUUCAAUCUAAGCAACAUGUUCAAAAAGAUGAAUUGGGUAGUAGUAGUAGUAGAACAGUUUUCGUCCGUUACCAUGUACAUGUAACAGUAAUGGUAAAAAAGGUAAAACCGUAAAAACUCCAAAUCGCUCUUUUUCCGUUUUUGUAUUUACCAUUGAGGUUUCGCUAGCUAACUCGGCUUCGCUACCCUCCUUCGGUCGUGCUCAAUGUGCCUUUCGCUCUCAGGUAAUUAGCUUUUUUGGAUGUUAUGUUUAUUUAAAAGUUUAAAGAAA